AUGCCCCGUCGAUGGCGAGAGCCGCGAGAGUAUCGAAGACGAUAUCCUGCCUGCAAUCUGUGUGGUGAGAAAAUUUGCAGCUUUUCGACCACUGAGAUUUCCGAGAUCCUAUAUCGCAAUGCACCGAAAGAUCUGAACAUUCUCUCACCGCACAAUCCAUGGAUCCAAGGAAGACCAGCAGAUCUGGAUGAUAUACACUUCGAUGAGAUGUGGACAUGGUCUUGCCCGUUUCGAGUUGUGAUGUUUAGGCUUGAGAAGGAAGGACCCAGAUUCCAUCUCUCUGGUGUUGGCGAGCUUCGACCGACCCAUAAAGUAAGCCUCCCACAGGAUGAGGACGAAAUGAUUUUGUGGAAUCACCGAAGCGAAAGUCAGCACGCCCCUCUAAUUCCGAACUUUGUCUCGACGCCGGCAUAUCCGCUGGGACAUCUGCUAGGAGACGGAUACCACAAAGCAUUUCCUAUGCACGAACGAUGCUGGCACCUCAUGACCCGAAUUCUCGACGUAGAGUUGAUCAAAAAGGAUAUGGAUAUAUUCUUCCGUGCAAUGUGCGAGCCACAGCGCGUCACAUGGCGAGAAGUUAACUCAAGCCAUGUCCCCCCCGUGUACAAGGAAUGGCUUGAGUUCAUUUCCGGUUUAACACCAAUAUCCUACCUAAUUCCUCUGCGAUUUCGAGCCAAGGAUGAUGCGAAUCCAAGUCAUAUGCCUCGUCACUUUCGCAGCGCAGAUCCUCUGAAUGACUCCUACAUGAAGAACCUGAUUGCCAAGUACACAGCCAAGUACACCAAGCAGAGGGAGAAGGGAUUUGAGCCAGUGUCGCAAUACUCAUCACCCACGCAUACAAUGUCCCGACGAUCCCAGGCUACUUUCAAACCCAGGAACGUGCUUCUUCCAACCGAACUCAUCUUGAACAUCGCAGACUAUUUGGAACAUCACAAGGAUAUCCAAACUCUGCUUUGGGUGUUUCCGCGUUGGCACUCAAUGAUCCCUGAUAGCUACUGGAGACGUCGAUUCAUUGAUGAUAACUAUCUAGAGAAUGAUCAGUUCCCACCAGCGGAUGCUCUUGAUUGGCAGCAUGUCUAUCUCAAUACUGACAAGCUAUUACGACCCUCGUGGGGAUGGCGGAACAGGCAGCGUAUCUUGAGUCGACUUGAGGAGACGAAAGCCCGAUUCUUGCAGCAACUGGAGCAGAAAGAGAUUCAAGACUGA